AUGACGAGGCGAGACGAGGCGAAGUCGCGUUGCGUUGCCGCCGAAGCGAUCCGAAGACUCAUUCAGUCCGCCGCGCGCCCGACGCGCUCACCGCCGCGGCGAAUGCCCCCCCCGCCCGGGCCCGGGCCCGCCGCCCACCCCGGCGCGCCGACGCAGAUGCCGCCGGGGUGGCAGCCGCCGCCGUCGUCGUCCGCGCCGUCGCCGUGGCGCGCGCUCGUCACCGCGGACGGCCCGCACAGAGGACGGACGUACUACCACAACGCCGCGACGGGGGAGACGACGUGGACGCGACCGAAGGACGCGCCGCCGCCGCCGCCGGUCGCGCCGCCGGUCGCGCCGGCGGCCGCGCCGGCGCGCCGGCAGAUCGCGAUCCCGGGCACGGCGUGGAUCGAGGUGGCGCAGGUCAGCGGACCGAGCUACUUUCAUCAUCCGCCGAGCGGGGAGGUCACGUGGACGGCGCCGCCCGAGGUUGUCGCCGCGCGCGCCGCCGCCGGCGCCGCGCCGCCCGCGCCGCCCGGCGACUCGGGCGCCGCGGAGGCGUUCCAGGCGCAGGUACAGGCGAGGCUAAGGGACAUGACCCCGGCCGCGAUCGCGAAGGCGUCGGCGGCGGUCACGGGGGCGGUCGCGGGGGCGCCCGCGCCCGCGCCCGCGCCCGCGCCGGCUCCGGACGUCGCGCCGUUCGACGAGGACGACGUCGAGUUCGACCCGGACGUGUACGAGGUCGACGCGCCGACGAUCUCGGUCGUGGAAGAGGUCGCGGAGGAAGAGCCGAAAGUCGACGCGGCCGCGGUCGCCGCCGCCGAGGCCGCCGCCGCGGAGGCCGCGGCGGUCGCCGAAGCCGCGGCGGUCGCCGAAGCCGCCGCCGCCGCCGCCAAGGCGGAGAAGGCUGCGAUCGCGUCCAACUUCGAGUCGUUGCUUCGCGAGAAGGGCGUGUGCGGGACGUCGCGGUGGGACCGGUUCAUGUCGAAACUGUCGAGUGACGAGCGUUACGACGCCGUGAGCGUCCACGCCGAGCGCCGCCGGAUGUUUGAAAAGUUUGUCCGCAACUACGUCCCGGACGAGAAGGAGGAGGACGACUCGAAGAAGAAGAAAACACCGGGCGGGGGCGCGGAGGACGGCGACGUGAAGGAAAAGGCGGCUAAAAGAGAAGAGGAGCGGUGGAAGAGAGAGGAUAAAGUCCGAAGGGAGCGCGCGGCGGAGGCGGAGCGCAUCGCGAGGGAGCGGCGGCGGUUCCAACGCGCCUCCGCCGCGACGCGUUUCGACGCGUUGCUCACGGAGACGGUCAGGCGCGUUCUAUACACUGGUCCCCAUACGACCGCGUUGGCAGACCCGGAGUCGACGUGGGCGGACGCGCUUCCGAGGCUUCGCGGGGACGUGCAAAACCGCGCGGCGGUGGACGGGCCGCUAUCCGAGCGGGAGAUGCGCGACGCGUUUGAAACGCACGUCUCCGGGCUGUUACGUAAAGCCGCCGCGGACGCGAGGGAGGCGUUGGAGGCGAAGAUCGUCGCGCACGCGGCGAGCGAUUUUUUAGACGACGAAGAAGAAGAAGAAGAAGAAGAAGAAGGCACGCCGUCCUCCGGGGGUGCCGACUCGGGUGCCGACACCGACGACGAAGACGCGCCAAAGCGAGAGAAGAAUAGGAAGAAGAAGAACCCGCUGACGUCUUUCGUCGCCGCCGCCGCGCUGCUCGGCGACGACCCCAAGUUUGAACGGUGCCCGCUCACCGAACGCGCGUCGCAAUACGUUCAGCACGUAGAGCGGUUGUGCGUCAAGCACGGCGUCGCGGCGCUUCCCGAGGAGGUCAAGGCGCUGCGGGACGAGCUCGAGGCGGCGAGGAGAGAGGAGGACGAGGAGAGGCGGGCGGCGCGCGACCGCGAGCUGCGCGGGAUGAAGCGGACGUUGGAGGAACGCCGCGAUCGCGACGGAGAGAGCGACGGAGGAGGUAGGGAUUCGCGGGAUUCGCGGCCGCCGCCGCCGCGUCGACGACGGUCGCGGUCGCGGUCACCCUGA